AUGGCCGAACUGAUCAUCAACAAGAAAAAAGAACGAAGAAAAAGCCUGAGCGUCUUUAGCCCCUCGUCCUCUACGUCGGCUCCGCCUCUUCGACCCGUUCUUCAUGUUCGCACUCCCUCCGAUGAUACCCCCGCACGAGAGAAGAAAUUACGUCGCAAUUCGGGGUUCUUUGGCCGGUCCCAAAGUCCCAACCGAUGGGCCAGUGGCGGCAAUGUGCUCCGUCGGCCAGGGACCGCGGGCUCGGACACCGCCGCCUGGUCCGCUGCCAUGGCUGCAACGACGGCUCCCAUUGAGACUGCACGGCCACGACGGAAAUCAUUACAGAAGAAACGAGCAUCCGUAUUCGGCUCGUUAAAAUCGAUGCACGCCGGUGAAGACGACGAUCUACUCAGCGCCUCCGUGGCUUCCUUGGGAGAUGAACCCCACAGCGCCAUCAGUCCCCGAAAUGGGAUCUGGUCGUCUGCAAUUCUCCACCACGGUGAAAUCCAGACAAUGGGUGGUAUGUGGAAGCGCAAAAGCCAGUACCUCGUUCUAACGGACACGCAUCUGGUUCGGUUCAAGAACCAGGCCAAGGCCGCCGAUGCCUUUCCUUCGAUUCCACAUUCUUACAAUACCCGAGCUCCGGCGUCGCAUCGCCAAUCCAUGGCCUCGAUCAGUUCGCUGCAGGACAUGCAGCUGAUGGUUUCCACCGAGGCAUCGGCGGGCAUUCCACUCAACAGUAUCAUUGCAGUGUACAUGCUGGAAGAUGGACGACUAUCGCCUACCGUGGAAGUGGCCUACCUCGAUGAACGCACCCACAAGGCGGCAUUGGUCCAAAUGCAGACCGCCGAUCUGCAAGAAUUGAAUCUCUGGAUGGUUGGAAUUCGCCAGGCUGCACAAAUGGCACGGUCAAACGAUCCCCUUCCGUUCAAUCGGGGUUCCGUCGAGUACGUGAUUCGGAUGUUGGAACACGAACGAGAUUACGAUCCGGUCGCUUUCCGGAUGUUCCGCGUCAUACAGAUUGCGUCGAGCAAGUCUCCCACUCGUUCGUCCUCGGAUGACUUGACGAAACUGUCGCCCACGGGUUGCUACCUGGCUAUUGGACUACACAAGGUUCAUCUGAUACCUAUGCAAAAGGCGGCUAAUCGGUCUUCGGUCGUGUCUUUGACCGAUCUGGAGACCGGUGCCUCGUUCGGUCUGAUGAAUUUGACAGGGUUGUCUAUGGAAUACGGCGACGAUAGUCUGCAUUUGACUUUCAGGAUCCCACUUCGAAAAUCCUUCAAUGUAUUCCUGGCCUCCGUGCAUUCGGUGGAGGUGGCCUGUUGGAUCCGACAACAUACCGAGUUCCUACGCCCGCUGUGGACCAGGCAACCGUACGACUUUGUCGUUCCGCGCGAAUUGCAUAACGAUGAGAAUUUCCCACCCGUUGCUUUGGAUGAAGACUAUGGGUGCUUUGAUCGAACUUUGGUUGCUUACUCUGCGAGCUACGAUGUGGAUACCUCCAAUAUUCGAUACACGAUCGAUCUGGAAUGCGAGGACGCCCCGUGCUUUCGUCUUUUGCGACCCGCGUCUGCGACGAGCUCGCGAUACAGUGCUCUGGAAUUGAUUGCAGUCAUGCGCGCGCUUCGAUAUAACGAGUCAUUUCGGUCAAUCUCGUUCCGCGGCAUUAAUCUCGACGCUUUACAGGGGUUGCGAGACGUUCACGGUAUGGAUGUCGACGUACACCUCGACAGAUCAGGAUGUCUUGUACAUAUCCCAGGAGAGGCAAAUUUGACCGUUCUGUCGCAAGAGGUGCGCGCAUUAGCAUUGAAGAGCACAUGGCUCCGCCGGCUCGACUUUGCAUACUGCCUGACCCGCACGCCAACUUUGGACAAGGGUAGUCGCGAUCCCGGUUGUGGAAUCCCAGAGGCCAUCUUCCCCGUCUGUCGUCGGGAACUCACUAGCGUGGAUUGGGUCGUCUUGAAUGGUAUCAAACUUGGCGAGUCGGAUCUGGAUUAUCUGGUGGAUGCGGCGUCGCAGAAACAGAGUCACAUGCGCGCACUUGAAGUGGGCGACUGUGGUCUGUCCGUGCAUGAUUUGGACCUUUUGCUGUCUACCCUGGUCGCACAGGAAAACACACUCGAGGUCAUCAACAUUUCCGGUGUGCAGGGUCGUCUGAGUCCAGACGUACUCCAACAGUAUAUUGGAUACUUUGGCCAGAUUCGAAAGAUCAAUCUGUCCCGCAUCUCCCGCACAUCAGGCCCCGAGCCGCUGAUUACGGCAGAAAUGCUGUUCAAUUGGCAGCUCGAGGAGCUAGUUCUCAGCCGUACGGCCGUCAAUCGCGAGACCGUGGACUCCAUCGCGACAUACCUGGCCAGUGACCGCUCACGCAACCUGCGGAUGCUUCGUCUCGAUCAGUGUGGAUUGAGCGGAGAAGAUGUUGCCAUGUUCAUGCACUCGAUGUCCGUGGGGCCAGACUCACCGCGCAGCUUGCACUUGCAUGUCAACGAGAACCGCCUGGACAAUGGCUGUUCGUUCCUUUUCGACGCAAUCGGCAAAAAUAUGACCCCCUCACACCUGUCAAUGCAGAUGAUCGAUUUUAAGAAGGAAGAGCAUUUCCGGCUUCUCGUUGAUUCGCUUCGCAAGAAUCGGACUCUGCGGUACUUGGAUAUUUCCAAGGCGUCUCUACCGUACGACGCGGGCCCGGAAACCUGCCGCAUGCUGCAGAUGAUGUUUGAGGAGAAUGAGACGCUCGAGGCUCUUGAUAUCAGUGGCGAGAGUGCCCAUCUUGACGUUGCUCGUUUCGGGAUCGGGCUCAACCUUGCGUUGACUGGAUUGAAAAAGAACAAGUCUCUCAAGGUGUUGCGAAUCGAGCAUCAGAAGCUUGGGCUUCAGGGUGCGAAUACGCUGGCCUCGGUACUGGAGGAGAACGAAUCGCUCCGGGAAGUACACUGCGAGAACAACGAUAUCAACCUGCAAUCUUUUACCGUGCUGGUCAACGGGUUGCAGGGCAACCACACUCUUCUCAGCCUUUCCAGUAUGGAUGGCGACCGGACUCUUUCACUUGAGAAGGUCCGUCGGGAGGUGGAUAAUGUUCGCUGGGAUACGAGCAACGUGCAGACCUCGACAGCAACCUCGAUCCGUCGUUCUCUACAUGCUGCCAUGGGUGUUCGUCCUCCUGGCGGUGCCGGUAAUCGACUCAGCAAGCACAUGCCAGCGAACGCUGCUCCCUCUCCAGAGACCGUGCCAUUUGCCAGCCAGAAUGUGGACCUCGUCCUACAGUCAUUGCAACGCAAGUGGGACGCAGAACUUUCUCGUCUGCGACGGUAUCUCCUCCGAAACUACAACAUCGCCAACGGUAUCGAAGAUGAAACAAUCGACGACACCGCUAGCGAUGGCCGUCCCGCCACGGCCGCGAGCCUGGGUACAAUGCUCGAGAACCUCAAAUUCGAAGUCGCCGUCUCCGCCGAUGAAAUCCAGGCCUCACCACCAGACACGACAUCUUCAAUCCACCUCUCCCGAUCAGUUACCAGAGAAAGCCAACCCGUUCAAAUCAAAGUAGAACCAAAAACAAGCCGAAAGAAAAGCCUACAAAGCCUCCGCCCCCAGACAUCCCGUGCAUCACAAAUCCUCCCGCCAGAGUUCGGCUCAUCCAGUCCAUCCUCAGCACGUCUCGCUCUCCCCGUACCUGCCGUACCCGCAGCAGUCACAAAGGCGAACAGUGUUCGAAGCGCUCGCAGCUCUAGUACCGUCUCGACGGGGACUGGCAGUGGACGGAGUACUUAUGGGAUGGCUUCGUCGACGCUGAGAGGCUUUUUGACCGGGGGUGCGUCGAAGGAUAAAAGACGUGUUGAUGCGAUGCGUCCCGUGUGCGUGUCUACGAACGAUAAACCUCCACAGCUGGACUGGGCUCCUCCAAAGUUGGAUUUGCAGGAGUUCCGAUAG